AUGCAUGUCCGUGCUUCAAUGCAAAAGAAGAAAAUAAUCCCUUUGAACUACAUUCAUUCACGAUGGUUACUACAAGCAGAAACCAACCGUCCUGAGGAGGACGAGGCUGAUGAAGAUAUUUCAUGCUCGUCGCUACGAGUCCAGACAUCACACAUGCGAUCCGUCGAGCACGCAGUGUUAAAUGGAACGACAAAGUGGAAAACGGCCAUGGACAUUGCCGGGGGCGUCGUUGAGGCAAUGAGCUCUCAUGGCACACGAACAUUCCUUCGGAUGACAGAAGUGUUUCGUGAGUUUGGAGAGUGCGUACGUGAAGGAGUGGUGCCGACUCUGAUGAAGCCUCAAACUACUUCUGUCGAGAGUCUACUUAGAGCACCCAGUGGAGAUUUUUAUGUGCAGCACGACACCGAACUUGCAGACAGCGACAGCUCAUCUGUACCGCCAACACACGAGGCCACCAAUACAGCGCAAAGCAAUACCACCGUGGAUGGUUUCAAUGUGGAAAGUGACUGUGGAGAUUCGAUUAAUGGCGAAAGUGAGCAGCUACCAGAUGAAUGCGAUCGACUACUAGCUGAAACGAACCGAAUAAUUACCCGAGUGCGAGAUAUGGUAUCAUCGGAUAGCGACAACGACGAUACGGAAUUGUUCGAGCUUGUUCAACCCGGAAACAAGAAUACACCUACCUCACGCACUCUAAAAUCUGCCAAGAUCCAGGAAACCAACCAGUCGGUGGUCAUCACCAAACAGUCGGGCACCGCAACCAACCAGUUGAAAACUUCAACCAUCCAGUCGGUGUCUUGCGCGGUCCAGAAGCCAAGCAACACAUUCGAUUUAGUGGACAAGGCUGCAGCAUCGGAGUUGUCACAGUCGGUGAACGACACCACAUCUUUGGCGGAGAAAUCCGUUCCAUUGGUGGAUACUACCAACGCCGAACCCAAUCACUCGGUGGAUGACGGUAACCAGUCGGUGAGAAGCAGCAACCAGUCGGUGAGAGCUGGAAGAGAGUUUGCAGACCAGCCUACCGAAGCCACGUGUCAACUGGUACUUCGAAAACGCCGGUCAAAGGAAAGGGGUGACAGCAGUCCUGGUGACAGCUUCAGUCAUGAAGGUAUCUCAGGGGAGUUUCGCGUUAGCACCAGUGUGAAAAGCAAAGGAAGGCCAAAAAUUAGGCGGAAACAAGCUCGUGAGGCGAAGAAACUCCGAAUGGAUGAGUCUAUUGCAGAAGCAAAAGCUCUUGUUCAAGGAACGUUAGUUCCAGAGAAGGAUCUGGCACUUGUGCGUAAGACAUUGGCAUGCAGUUUCAAUGUUGAAGAUGCUUUGCCGGUCCUUCACAGUAUCGCCAAAGUUGAUGCGCCAACUUGGAAGGCCACCUCUAUCGUGCAGCUUGCACGAAAGCAGAAGGUCCACAAGAAGGUCACGAUUGUUUUUCCGAAGAACUACGUUACCAAGUGCAUCGCAGGUAUAAAUAUGUAUCGGAAGUCCUUUCCAAGCGACGAUGAAGCUGGCAGAAUGGGGGUAUCUAUCAAGAAACUUGGCACAUUCACGGAGAAAGAUUUGAUCACAAUGAGAGAUUGGCAUGACGAAUCUCCGAAGUUUGAUGCUUUUUGUGAUCUAGCAGCGUGGAUCAGAGUUUCUCGCUUUGCCCGAAUUACACUUCCCAGUCCUCUCAACAACUGUGUCACGGUAGAUUUGCAAGCCUGCGCAAAAAGAUUGGAGACCGUGAAUUUAAAGACUACUAUGGACACAAGAUUUGGACAGGUCGGUAUCGAAGAGAUGGCAUUCUUCAGGCGAUCGGAGUGGCUAGACGAUUCGUGCAUGAAACUUGUCAUGAGCCACCUCAUGGACCAAGAUCAAGAUGAGAAUAAGAGGAGCUGUAUUGGUGCUGUCAACCCGCUCUACGCAAGAGUUCACGAUGAAGCAAUGAAGUUGCAAGUGAUUGGAAGCUCCCCUCUCCGGUCAAGCAACCGAAUGAUUCUGGUGCCGGUUUAUCUCGAUGGACACUGGGCAGGUGUUGUAUUUGACAACGCCAAAAGUAGAGCCGUGGUGUUCGACCCUAUGCAGACGAACAAAUACUACAACCAGGCCUGUACAGUCAUCAAAAAGUACUUUGGAAACUACUCUUCGAAUCUCAAAUUAGUCCGCCAGCACGCUCCGCGACAAAAGGAUACCAAUAGCUGUGGGCCGCUGGUUUUGCUGUUCUUCGAGUGCAUGGUGCGAGGAAUGGCAGUCCCAAACGUGGCCAGAGAGCAAUUAGCGUAUUUGCGAUUUCGAUAUCUUUUCUUGACUAGCAAGGGGGUAUUUUGCAGAAGCCCAGACACAGCCACGAGCGAAGAGUAA